CCCGCCGCCCCCGCCCCAACUUUUUCUCUUGCAUGAUUUCCCUCGCACGGAUUUGCCACUCGGAUGUUGUUUCCUCGGGAGCUGAGCUCGGAGCCACGUUGAACCAGCCUUUUCCUCCAGUGCUAUGACAGGCAAACUACUGGAGAAGCUACCGGGGACCAUGAACACUUUGAUGAACCAAUUGCCUGACAAUCUGUACCCAGAGGAGAUCCCCAACUCUUUGAAUAUCUUCUCCAGCAGCAGCGACUCGGUGGCUCACUACAACCAGAUGGCUGCAGAUAAUGUUAUGGACAUUGGCUUAGCGAACGAAAAGGCCGGUCAGGAACUGUCCUCUUAUUCGGGGACUUUUCAACCCGCCCCGGGCAACAAGACUGUCACCUACCUGGGGAAAUUCGCUUUCGACUCGCCCUCCAACUGGUGCCAGGACAACAUCAUCAGCCUGAUGAGCGCGGGCAUCCUGGGGGUACCGCCGUCCUCGGGCGCGCUCACCAGCACGCAGAGCUCGGCGGGCAGCAUGGGGCCGCCGCAGGGCGAGGUGGACCAGAUGUACCCCGCGCUGCCGCCCUACUCCUCCUGCAGUGACCUCUACCCGGAGCCCGUCUCCUUCCACGACCCCCAGAGCAACCCCGGCCUCACCUACUCCCCCCAGGAUUACCAGGCGGCCAAGCCCGCCUUGGACAGCAACCUCUUCCCCAUGAUCCCAGACUAUAACCUCUACCACCACCCCAACGACAUGGGCACCAUCACGGAGCACAAACCCUUCCAGAGCUUGGACCCCAUCCGCGUCAACCCGCCCCCCAUCACCCCGCUGGAGACCAUCAAGGCCUUCAAGGACAAGCAGAUCCACCCGGGUUUCGGGGGGCUGCCGCAGCCGCCCCUCACCCUCAAGCCCAUCCGACCCCGCAAGUAUCCCAACCGGCCCAGCAAGACGCCGCUCCACGAGCGGCCCCACGCCUGCCCCGCCGAGGGUUGCGACCGUCGCUUCUCCCGCUCCGACGAGCUCACCCGCCACCUCCGCAUCCACACGGGCCACAAGCCCUUCCAGUGCCGCAUCUGCAUGCGGAGCUUCAGCCGCAGCGACCACCUCACCACCCACAUCCGCACCCACACCGGCGAGAAACCCUUCGCCUGCGAGUUCUGCGGCCGCAAGUUCGCCCGCUCCGACGAGCGCAAGCGGCACGCCAAGAUCCACCUCAAGCAGAAGGAGAAGAAGGCCGAGAAGGGUUCGGCCGGGCAGCCCCCCGCCGCGCCCCCCGCCGCCGCCGCCGCCGCCGCCGCCACCUCGCCCCCCGUCGCCCUCGCCCCCGCCGUCACCACGUGCGCUUGAGGGACCACGGGGGGCGGCGCGGUGACACCCCCUCUCCUCCCCUGCCCUCCGCACCGCAUGGCUCCCGGUGGGGGGACCCUGGGGUAGCCUCACCCCCCCACCCGGGUUCAGGAUACCGGGGGCUUCGCUGCACGGGUCCACUCUGCCCGCACCUGGAUUGACCGGCUCCAGGCUGCCCGCACCCGGAUCCUGCCUGCACUUGGAUCAACGGCACCCGCAUCACCUGGAUCCAGGCUGCCCGCACCCGGAUUGCCCGCGCCCGGAUUGCCUGCGCCCGGAUUGCCCGCACCCGGGCUGCCCACACCGGGAUUGCCCGCACCCGGGCUGCCCGCACCUGGAUUGCCCGGACCUGGGCUGCCCGCACCGGAUUGCCCGCACCGCCCGGAUCCCGGCUGCCUGUACCCGCACUGCCUGGACCUGCGCUGCCCGGGUCCUGGGUGCCCGCACCCUUCCUUGCCCGGACCCGGCUCCCUGCUGCCUGCACCCGGAUUACCCCCGCAUUGCCCGGAUCCCGGUUGCCCGUACCCGGAUUGCCCAGACCCGGAUUACCCGGAUCCGGCUCUCCCGGCUCCAGUUUGCCCGGAUCCCGCAUCUCCCGGGUCCAGCCUGCCCGCACCCAGUUUGGCCCGGAUCGGGGCUGUCCGGGUUACAGAUCCCCGGGAUCCCGGCUGAUCUGGAUCCCAGCUAGCCGGAUCCGACCCAAAAGGCUGGGUUGCUCAGGAUCGGGCCCUCCCGGAUCCCACCCACCCGCUUUCCCAAGGGCUGGGCUGCUCAGGAUCGGGCCCUCCUGGAUCCCACCCGCCCGGUUCCCUAAGGAACUGGGUUCGCCUGGAUCCGGUCCAUCGGGGUGGGGAUGGAGGGAUGGAGCCGAUCCGGCUCCUCUCUGCCUCGCUGGGCCUGGAUCCGACCCCUUGUGCCUCCCCCCCGUAGUUUCCCCCCCCCCCCCCCAAGCACCGGUUCCCCACGGCGGAGGUAAGCGGGCUCGGGCCCCCCCAGGCCGGGCUGGCGGGGCAAGGGGAGGGGGGGGGCGGCUCUGCGGGUCCCCCGUAACUUCGGGGGGCGGCGGCGGCGGCGGGGAGCGAUGUCCCGGCAGCAGCUUUUGGGUUUGUUUUUUUUUUUUUUCUUUUUCUUUUCUUUUUUUUUUUUUUUUUCAGCAGAAGGGAAAUUCUUUACAGAAAUGCAGAAAAAACCCCAGUAUUUUGCUGAAUACUUUUUAUAAUGUGAGAUAUUUUUAUUUUAUUUUAUUUGGUCACUUUAAAACAACCAACCAACUACGGAGGAGAAAAAUCAAUUAGUCCUCUAUUUUAUUUUUUUUUUCUUUCUCCUUCUGGUAUGUGCAUGUCAUUGCAUGACUGCUCUGAUUUUUUUCUUCUUUUGUUUUAAUAAAACUGUGCUCAGACAUUUAAGCUAAACUAAGCAAAAAUAAUAAUGACUUAAAAAAAAAAUCUUUGUUGCCAAAAGGUCGUGCUAUCCAGGUUUGAUGUCUGCAUGUGAAAAAAAACAUUAAAAACGUACAAAAAAUAAAGAGAAGAGAAAGAAUGCAGUCUAAUUUAUGUGAACCGAAAGGAACAAAAAAAACCACAAUCAGGUUUAACCACACAAACCUAAGGGAAUGAUAUUUUUUGAAAGACUUUUGUAUAAAGUUGAGUACUUAGAGAAAAAAAAAAAUCAUACCAGAUGUAAUAUAUUUUGUGGAUGUUUUUAUUUCUUGGAUUUAUAGUACCUUAUACUAAGGUUAAAAAAAAAUUAUGCUUGAUAUUGUGAAAAGGUGAUAAUUUUCACACACAUUUCAUUUGCUCAUUUGUCAUGUUGUAAUGCAAAUAUGAUAGUUAAUGCAUACAGCAUUUUUAAGGGAAAAAAUCAGAAAUAUUGAACUGAUGUAUUGUUGUACCAUUUGCACUGUGAGCAAAUGCUAAUGCAGUAAAUAUAUUGUGUUUGCUGACAAUCAAAA